AUGGGUCAAACAUGCGUGAAGCUUUGCAGUCAGAGUUGCGUCUCUCGUUUUCUUCGUGGUCUUGGAGUUCGUCGGCCACCACCUCAGCGUGUGGAAAAUCAUCUCAUUGAAGAAUCAAGUGAUGACUCAAAUGCCACCGGUGAUAAUAUUAAAUCCCCCUCAAAAUGUAAAUACGUUGAUUAUCCUUUCCUCGUCAAUCGAGAGAUCGGUGAAUGGAUCGUCUUUACAAAGUUCAUGAUCAUUCUCAGAGGUCCACCGGGGUCUGGAAAAUCACGCCUAGCAGGUUACAUUAAAAUGCGUUUUCCAACUGCUCAUAUAUGCAGUUCUGAUAAUUAUCAUUCUUCCAGUAUCAAAUACUUUGAAGACUACCAAUUUGACAGCGACCGUCAUGAGUCAGCACUCCACGACUGUGAAGCAGAGGCAAAACUAUACGCCAGCCGGGGAAUAAGUCCCCUUGUCAUCGACAAUGCUAAUAUGCGGUCGUAUGAAUGUCGACCGUAUACGGAGAUAGCUCGAGCAUUUGAUUACAAUGUGAUAAUGGUAAUACCCCGAACACCUUGGAGAUUUGACGUUAGAUCUUUGGCUGAAUACAAUGCCCAUAACCUUUCCGCUGAAAUGAUCAGUUCAAUGGUAUCUCAGUUUGAGCCAAUUGUUUAUCCCCUAUAUUAUGGUUGGGCUUUCGCUGGCUCACCAAGUUCCAACACUCAUUUGAGCAUUCCAAUUGAAAAAGGGGAUAAACUCCUCCCUAACGAGGUAACUGAAAAAAUGAUAAAAGAGUUUCAUGAUUCCUUCUUUUCUGCUCUGGACUUACCUUACGUACGCAAGCGAUUGGCCUUGAUUUGUGGGUUUAAUCAAGACAUAAAUAGAGACCAAUUGGCCACUUUUUGGUCGUCAGCGGUUAACCCCUGGUUUGGUGAUGUGUCUGAACCCUAUCGGACAGACAAACCUGCGCGCCCACACUGCACAGCAUUCUUCGCCCAGCAUGGUCAUGCUCCUGGGGCCUCUGAAUAUGCACAAAAAACUGCUGUUCGCGAGGCCUUGCUGGGAUCCAUCGACGAGCUUUGCGUGGAAGGUCUCUUUAUCACUAAACGGACGGUUGGACUUCGUAUCCACCUCUCCGAUCCAGAUCAGCUUGCCCUUUGGGGUGGUCUUGACAACGAACCAGUGGAUGGACAUGUGACUCCUCAAUCGCGACCACAGGGUUGCCGAGCCCAUGUAACUUUGGCCUUGGCUUCCGGUGUGCCUGCAGUUGAAACAGGUUUUGACGCUCUGCGCAUUAUGGAUGCUGAAUUACGUCAGCUUCCAGAUGUGUACACAGCUGACAUGCCAGAUGGCAUCCUUCGAGAGCUUCCCAUCUCCUCGUCAGCUGAUUCUGAGAGUUUGGAUAACAUCUUCUACUAUCAGUAUUCCACAGCAAAAACAAUUCGCCUUAUGUACACUGCGUUUUAUUAG